AUGAAGCUCACUGUAGGCAUCGUCACCAUGCUGGCCCCUUCGCUGGUCCUGGGCACCCUGCGCGCCCGCGGCAUCAGGAAGAAGAGGUGCCAGUCCGUCUCUCACUACGGUAGCGGUGGCGGGGAGACUGGAUCGUACGGUACCGGUUCCUACGGCGGCGGCGGUGGUGGUGGCGGCGGCGACAGCGGCAGCGGUGGCCACGGUGGUGGUGGAGGCGGCGGUGGCUACGGCGGCGAUGAAGGAGGCAAGGGCUCUGGUGGCUACGGUGGAGGUGAGGAAGAGGGUGGUAGCAGCCCCAGCUAUGGCGGUGAUGAAGGCGGCCACGGGGGCCAGGGCGGCUAUGGUGGUGGCAAGGAAGGAGGCUCUGGAUACGGCGGUGGUGGUCACGGUGGCCAAGGUGGCUAUGGAGGCGGCGAGAGCGGCUCCAGUGGCUCCGGCGGCUCCGGCGGCUAUGGAGGUGGUCAAGAGGGUGGAUAUGGUGGCGGUAAGGGUGGCAACGGCGGCUACGGUGGUGGCGGUGAUGGCGGCUAUGAAGGUGGCAAAGGUGGCUACGGAGGCAACGACGGCGGCUACGAGGGCGGCAGCAGCCCUGACUACGAGGGUGGCAAAGGUGGCUACGGCAAUGGAGGUGGCGAUGGAGGUUAUGAAGGUGGCAAAGGUGGCGAUGGAGGUUAUGAAGGUGGCAAAGGUGGUUACGGAGGUAGUGAUGGAGGUUAUGAAGGUGGCAAAGGCGGCUACGGAGGUGGUGGCUAUGAUGGUGGCAGCAGCCCUGACUACGAGGGUGGCAAGGGAAGCUACGGCAAUGGUGGCUACGAUGGUGGCUACGAUGGCGGCAAGGGAAGCUACGGCAAUGGUGGCUAUGAUGGUGGGAGCGACCCUGCCUACAAUGGCGGCAGCGGAGACUAUGGCAACUCUGGAGGAUACGGUGUUAAUGGAGGCGUCGACCCCGUCAUCACCAGUCCUCCCAACCCCGAGUAUACCGGCUGGGGAUACGGCUACGGCAUUGGCAACCCGACGGGCUCUUUCGAAUUCGAAGUCACCGUCACCACCACUGAAACAACAACAACUACCACCAGCGCUGACCCGGAGCAGACCAGUGAUGAUGUCGACCCAACUGACGACGAUGGUUCGGGCGCGGACCCGACUGACGACGACGGUUCGGACCCGGACCCUGUCCCCACCCAGGGCGGUCUGGUCUAA